UUUAGGAAGAGAAAUUGAAGAAUAGACUGGGUUUAUGACUUUUUGGCUGUAGUAAACCGCCAAACAGGCAUGAGUAGAAGGUUCCCGAACAGACAUUACCAAUCAAGUUGAUAACAAGAUCAGCAGCACUGAAAGGCGAACAUGCAGAGGUUAUCCAUUAAAAAACUAUGUAUUUAUCAAUUCAUACGCGACCAGAGCUAUAUAAUACAGCAGAGAACGAUGACAUGUGUACAAGGGACCAGAUAUCUGUCUAAUAAGGAAAUGACGGAGCGAUUUCUACUUGACAACGCAGCCACAAAGUCAGAAGACCUAUCCUGUUUUGACAAUGGAUGCUGCACCGGUGGGAGAAAUCAAUAGGCGAAUAUCACAACACUGGCGGCACCUGGGAAACUCUCGCUGUUUGAGAACCUGGUCUCCAACAAAUGACACAUCUAAGCCUGUGAUCUCGUGGAGUGCCCUGUGUUCAUCAAAGUGGCUUGAUAGCAGAACUGGAGGAGGAGAACAGAGGAGAGUUCUACAUGUCACUUCACCAGUACAGACAGAGGAAAACGCUGUUCAGAUAAGGGAAAGUGAGAUCAGCGAGGCAGCCUAUGAGAAGCUAGCAGAUGAGACUCUGGAUGCGUUGGCUGACUACUUUGAGGAUCUGAUGGAUGGACCACUAGCAGGGCCGGAGUUUGAUGUUCUCUUCUCUAGUGGUGUGUUGACAGUGAAGGUGGGAGGAGACCAUGGGACAUACGUCAUCAACAAACAGACUCCUAACAAACAGAUCUGGCUAUCGUCUCCUACCAGUGGUCCGAAGCGUUAUGACUGGACAGGAGAGCGCUGGGUCUACUCCCAUGACGGCAUGGGUCUCCACCAGCUCCUCUCUAGAGAGUUCUCUAUCAUCUACAACAUGAACCUGGACAUGACCACGCUAGUACACUCCUGACCUGGGCCAUGUCCCAAUUCCCUAUGGAGCCAAAAGUAGUGCACUACAUAGGAAAUAGAUUGGCAUCUGUCCCAACUCUCUUACACAGCAUACUACUGAUGUGGAAAAUUAGAAUAAUCUUCAUCACUACAUCCAUGUACUUAAUCACACGUCUGUAAAACCUCUUGUGUGCCCAGAUUUCAAGUUAGGAUUCAGCUCGGAAACAGAACCAAAUGGAUUUAUGCACCAAUACCACUUAAAUACCGUAACGUUCAUAUAAAUCUGUGAUAUAAUAUAGAUCAAAUAAGGGCAUUAAUUGUAUGUAUUGAUGAUGCAGUGUUUAUUUGUGUAUAUGAAUAUACAUGUGAACGGAUGUGUCGGUCUUGUCUGUAACAGAAGGAAAGGAAAAUGUUGCCAGACCAUUUCAGUUGGUUAUGAUUACUUUCUCAUUACAGCUGAAGUUCGUUCCUGAAUUCACAUCCUACUUCAGGCUUGGCGUAUUCCUCUGUUAAUUUCUAAACAAGUGCCAUCUUAUUCGGAUCAAAUAUGUCUAAUUGAGCAGUUAUAAACUGUAAUGAUAAACCUGUUGGGACCUAUUGAGAAACACCAUAAUCAAUGAACAGCUUUCUAUUAAGAUGGCCAGUUAAACAUGCUAUAGACAUCGUAAACAACAGACACAUUCUAUUUAAAUGGAAAUGAGUCCCAACCCUGGAUUCAUUGUUCUGUUUCCCCCAGUCUUGUCCAGUUUAAAUGGCUGAGCCAAACGCAGCUAAAGCCAUAGAACUAGAUUUACUACAACGAGGAAUCCCAUUCCAGUCAGUGUUCUGUGAUGAAUGGACCGGCGGCCAUAUUGAGUGUUCCCAUGAGUGAUCCUGUCACAUUGCUAUGGUCUGAGGGGCUUUGCUCCAGUCGUUCUACCUCCUAUGGGUAAAACAGACGUUAGUGGGUCUCUCUCUCUCUGAUGUCCUAUCUCUCCCAAACUGUUAUCUAAAGCUUGUGUUUGAUUCACAUAAUAGGGCUGGACUGGUCUGGUUAUGUAUCCACCAUAGUUUCUGGAACCGUGCUGGAAAGGACAAUGUAGAAAGAAAAUAUCCAAACCAGCACAGCACUGUUAAGGUCAGUCCUAUAGUGUGCAUUUUCAAUUGGUCCAUGGACAUCAGGCAUUCGACUAUCGGUGGUUAGUGUCUCUGUAAUGUGAUGUUACUGCGCUACAGUCUGUUUUGGGUGCAUAGUAGACAGGGAUUACUUUGGGAGAGAGUAAGAGUUUUUCCCUCUAGAUCAGUGGUGGAGCUCUGCUCUUUUCUUAUUCACUGCUGGAAGAGAGAGAGCGAGAGAGACAGUCAAUCUCUGUCCUGACGUGUCAACGGGCCUGUGUUGAACUGUGCAUAGAAACAUAUUUAUAGUGGAAUGUUCUGGUGGGACAGAGACUGUCGGAACAACAGUCAUACUGUCAGACAGUUCAGAUGAAAUGCAUCUAUAGGGAGCAAGCGGAGUCAAUUGUUUAUGUUGAGCCAGGAUAAUAUUACUCCCAUUCUCCAUUGUUUGGAAAGUUCAGUUCUCUUCGGAUUCGUCUGCAUUCACUGUCAAAUUCUAUUCUGGGAGUCUCGGGUAUGAAUGUGUUGAAAUGUAUGUAUCCUUGUUUGCCAUCUUGUUUUAUAAUUGAAUACCUGUAAAUAUGUUUCAAACAGUGUUUUAAACAAGUACCUGGAGUAGCUAGCCAAAUAGAAAAAGUAGCCAGGCAGGGUUAGAAACAUUUUGCCCAUCAACCUAUAUUUUGGUGGCCUCUGGUAUAUUCUAAUGCCUUGAUUCCAUCCGAAAUACACAGCAAAAUGAUUGAAUACUUUAUCAAAUUUACCUCCCAGAUUGGAAAUAGUUGUGGUAUUGUGUGUAGAAGGACAUGACUUUACAGUUUUAGUUACUGAAAAUGUGUGAAUUCAGUGUGUUAGUUGUUUUGGAUAUCGUCUAGACCUAUAUGAUCAGGACUAUUCUCUAAAUAAAAGAACAUUAAACCUUUUUUAACAUUUAA